AUGACCAUUCUCCUCACCGCAACGGCUACUAAAUUCGUCCUUCUUACCUCUCUCAGCGAGACUACCGCCGAUGCUGUCUUACAGAAAGUCUAUGAAAUCUAUUCUGACGCGGUCAUGAAGAACCCAUUCCACACUCCUGAAAUGCCGAUUCGUAGCGAAGGAUUCGACACGCGAAUAACUGCACUCAUUGGGAACGGCUCAUAG